AUGUUCUCUGCAGUACUCUUCUCAAAACCCAAAUCUUGUCUCGUCUUUCUCUUUUUCUUUUCCUCUUUCCACCAUCUUCCUUGUGCUCUAAGUCAAAAAGAAAUUAGGGUAUGUGAAUCUCUGUUUCACUGUGGGAACAUCACUGUUGGUUUCCCUUUCUGGGGAGAGGCUCGACCAGAACCUUGUGGUCAUCCAUCUUUGGGGCUUCGCUGCAACCCAACAUCAAAGUUGACUUUUCUAAUCAUCUCAGGUCUGAUGUACCGUGUCCUCCAAGUGAAUUCCACAGCGAGUACUCUUAAACUAGCCAGGCAAGACUUUUUAGGUGAGUUCUGCAAUGCUUCAUUCAGUGGCGCAACGUUGACUCCUGAACUAUUUGAGCUCUUGCCAGACUACAAAACCCUCUAUGGGUACUAUCUCUGCGACUAUGCUUUUCACAAUUCCACGAGCUUCACGUGUCCAAAGACUGCUCUUGCCUUCGUGCGUGAGAACGAUGAAUAUCAUGAAAACUGUGGUGGGAGUUUCAACAUCACUGUUCCCACGAGUUAUGCUCUAGAGGAGAAAGCUUUGAUCAUAGCCCAUUUGGAAAGUGUACUAAAAGAAGGAUUCGAGGUGAAGCUGAAGAUUGAUGAGAGACCAUGUCGAGAGUGUAAUUCCUCUGGUAGAAUAUGCGCCUACGAAGCUGCUACUCCGGUUUGCUGCAAUACAAACUCGUCCUCAGAACACAAAUGCACUCACAUGAUUCCAUCUCGAUCUAGUGCUGAUGAUCCAGUUGAUGAGCGUCACAUACUCUGCGCUCGUUGGUUUAGCUGCGGCAAUCAGAAAGAACUCUCUUAUCCCUUUUGGACACCUGACAGAGAAGAGUGCGGUCACCCGGAUUUCAAGGUCAACUGCGGCGGAGAUUCCGCAGAGUUUAACAUUUCCUCUGUUAAGUUCCAAAUCCUUCAGGUGAACUAUUACUCUAGUAUCAUAAAACUCGCCAGAAAGGAUUAUCUCAAAAAUCUUUGUUCCAAAUACCCUGAGAGGGCAAGAAUCAUCCAAGAUAUCCUUCCAAUUCAUGGAGACACCACCGAGCUGGUAACGUUUUAUUACGACUGCCCUGAUCCAAUGGAAAAUGCUCCUCCCAAUGAUUACAUCAGACAGCUCAACUGUGAGGAUGGAAAUGGUACGCAAAGUUACUAUGCCCCGCUUCCUUCAAAUCCAAGGGAGAGAGCCGUCUUGAGAAAGUUUAAUGCUGAGUGCAAAACAAAGUUCAACAUUCCAGUAUCUCGAUCUGCCUUGAGGAUAGCAGAGAGAAAUCAGAGUCUGGAGGCUAUGAAGGAGGCUCUUGAUGAGGGUUUCGAGCUUAGCUUUAACAAUGAGUGUUCCAAAUGCGUAAAGUCAAUGGGGGCUUGUGGAUAUAAUCAGAGAUCAAACAGAUUCGUCUGCUAUUGUAGAGAUAAGCCUCACAAGCAUACUUGCCAUUCUGAUGCAGGUCUCUCAAAAAAGGCUAAAAUUGGCAUUGGAUUCGCUUGCGGAUUCGUGGGUGCCACUCUCUUAGUAGGAGGAGGUGUGUUCUGUUUCCUCAACUGGAGGAGAAAGAAACAAGCAUCUCAAUACACAAGCAAAGGCCUUUCAUCAUCAUCAACAACGCCAUACUCAAGCAAGAACACAAUCUCAACCACAACAAUCUCCGGCAGCAGUCACUCUCUCGUGACUUCAAUGUCUAACCUCGCAAACGCAAGCGACUACUUCGGAGUCCAAGUCUUCAGCUACGAAGAACUCGAGGAAGCCACUGAGAAUUUCUCAAGAGAGCUCGGAGACGGAGGCUUCGGCACUGUCUACUACGGCAUACUAAAAGACGGACGAGCCGUAGCUGUGAAACGACUCUUCGAAAGGUCAAUCAAACGCGUUGAGCAAUUCAAGAACGAGAUCGAGAUCUUGAAGUCGUUGAAACACCCGAACCUGGUGAUUCUUUACGGAUGCACAACGAGACACAGCAGAGAGCUUCUCCUGGUGUACGAGUACAUUUCCAACGGCACACUCGCUGAUCAUCUCCAUGGAGAUCAAGCACAAUCUCGACCUAUUUGCUGGCCAGGACGGCUCGGCAUCGCCAUUCAAACCGCGAGCGCAUUGUCCUUUCUUCAUGCCUCAGGGAUUAUACACAGAGAUGUGAAGACUACUAACAUUCUACUAGAUAGCAAUAACCAAGUGAAAGUGGCGGAUUUCGGACUCUCGCGGUUGUUUCCGACGGAUCAAACGCAUAUCUCCACGGCGCCGCAAGGGACUCCGGGAUAUGUAGACCCAGAGUAUUACCAAUGUUACCGACUCAACGAGAAGAGCGACGUUUACAGCUUCGGAGUCGUCCUCUCCGAGCUGAUCUCGUCGAAAGAAGCAGUCGAUAUCACCAGGCAUCGCCACGAUAUCAACCUCGCGAACAUGGCGAUCUCGAAGAUCCAGAACGACGCCGUUCACGAGCUCGUCGAUCUGUCGCUCGGAUUCGCGAGGGAUCCGGCGGUGAAGAGGAUGAUGAUGUCGGUCGCUGAAUUGGCGUUCCGGUGUUUGCAGCAGGAGAGGGAAGUCCGGCCGUCGAUGGACGAGGUCGUCGAGGUUUUGAGAGGGAUUCAGAAGGAAGGGAUACCUGAUUCGCCGGAUGUGGUUGAGAUUGAUGUGAGCGGUGGAGAUGACGUUGGCUUGCUGACGCACGGCGUUCCUCCGCCGUUGUCGCCGGUGACUGAGAAAGGUACGUCGACGAGUAGUACGAAUACGACGGCGAGUUCUUUUUGA